AUGGGUGGAUUGAGACAUUCUAGGAUUUUAUUGUUAGUUAUGGCAGUUGUACUAGGUUCUGCUCAUGCUGAUUUGGAGAUGAAUUUCUAUGCCAAGUCAUGUCCAAAAGCUGAGAAAACUGUACAAGAUUAUGUCAACAAACACAUCCCAAAUGCUCCAUCUCUUGCUGCUGCCUUCAUAAGGAUGCAUUUCCACGACUGCUUUGUCCGGGGGUGCGAUGCAUCUGUUCUUCUGAACUUCACAUCAAGCACAGGAAACCAAACUGAGAAAGUUUCUAUCCCAAAUCAAACAUUGAGAGGCUUUGACUUCAUUGAUAGAGUGAAGAGUCUGCUGGAAUCUGAAUGCCCUGGUGUUGUUUCUUGUGCAGAUAUCAUCAGUUUGACGGCCAGAGACGCCGUCGUGGCUACCGGUGGUCCAUUUUGGAGGGUACCAACUGGACGUAGAGAUGGGGUGAUAUCAAAUGCCUCAGAAGCCUUGGCGCAAGUCCCAUCUCCAUUUAGUAACUUCGCCACUCUCCAAACACGUUUCGCUAAUAAGGGUCUUGAUCUAAAAGACCUCGUUGUGUUGUCAGGUGCUCAUACAAUUGGUAUUUCUCAUUGUUCGUCAUUUACAACUCGACUGUACAAUUUCACGGGUGUGGGUGAUCAAGAUCCGUCUCUUGAUAGUGAAUACGCAGCGAACCUGAAAGCUAACAAAUGCAAGUCAAUUAAUGCGACUACAAAGGUUGAGAUGGAUCCCGGGAGUUUCAGAACAUUUGAUCUUAGUUACUACAAACUCGUCUUAAAGAGAAGGGGUCUCUUCGAAUCAGAUUCAGCCUUACUAACAAACUCGACAACUCGGUCGUUUAUUACACAACUUGUUGAAGGGUCCCUUGGGAAUUUCUUCGCUGAAUUUGCCAAAUCAAUGGAGAAAAUGAAUCGUAUUGAUGUUAAGACUGGACCUAGUGGUGAAAUUCGAAAGCAAUGUGCUUUUGUGAAUAGUUAA